ACUGGCAGCCGCGGGUCUGGCGACUUUGGCACAGAAAUCAAGUUUCGGCUGCACGCGGUGGGUCACGCCUCAUUUAGUCCUGCAUCGAUCGCCCUCUACCUUGUUCUCUACCAUCUCAUCGAUAUUUGGCACCACCGAUCCUACAAUGGCUUCGUUGACCCCGCCUCAGCCUGCGCCGUCGUGGACGCACUCACCGGAGGAUGUACGGAGGAUUGCAAAGGAGCUCAUCGACAACGACCGAAAGCUCAUGGACAAGAUAUCGUCUCUGCCACCAGAGGAGUGCACAUUUGAUUCUGUACGUGACUUGCUUGCCCUCGCGCGGAGCGAGGCAGACUUCGAACAUGUCAUGGAACCUCUUGCUUUUUACCAGAAUGUGUCUCCAUCCAAGGAUCUGCGCGAUGCUUCGAACGAGGCCGAGGCGAUGGCCCGCGACUAUGGCGUCGAAAUGUCUAUGCGUCUCGAUCUCUUCCAGGCUAAGCAGGCCGCCCAAGAGAAUAUCAAGAAAUCGGGUCAAAAGCUUACUCCUGAGGAAGAACGUUUGGUUGAGAAGAUGAUCUUGGAUGGUACUCGUGCGGGGUUAGCCCUUCCCGAGGAGAAGCGUACGGAGCUCACGACGCUCAAGAAAGAGUUGUCUGCCACUUCCCUCGAAUUCAGCAAAAACUUCAACGAAGAGAAGGGGACUAUUGCCUUUACCUUAGAGGACCUCAAGGGUGUACCAGCAGAUGUCGUUUCAGGAUACAGCAAACGGACAGAAGACGGAAAGGACUUAUACGAUGUCACCUUCAAGACUCCUGACAUUUUCCCUGUCCUUAAAUUCGCGGAGAAUCCAACCAUUCGUCAGCGAGCAUUCGAAGCCUACGAAUCUCGCUUGUCGAUUAACGUUCCCGUACUGGACAAGAUCCUCGGGCUUCGUCGCAAAAUCGCCGAUUUACUCAACUACUCCACUUGGGCGGACUAUGUCACUGAAGUCAAGAUGGCCAAGAAUGCAAAGACCGUGAAGGAGUUCCUUGCCGAUCUGGAACAGAAGCUUCGUCCCGUUGCCCUCAAGGAACGAGAGAUUCUGCUUGCAUUGAAGCAAGAAGAGCACAAAAAGAAGGGUCUCGAGUUUGAUGGCGAGUUCAAUAUCUGGGAUUACAGGUACUACGAUCGCAAAUAUGUCGAGAAGAGUCUCGAUCUGGACGACAUGCUCGUCAAGGAGUAUUUCCCAGUCACGGUUGUCGUUCCUGCUAUCCUCGAAAUUUACCAGAAUUUGCUUGGCGUCAAGUUCGUUGAAGUUAAGGGCGAAACAUGGCAUCCGGAGGUGCAGCAGUUUGCUGUCUGGGAAAAAGAUGCCAAGGACGAGUCCGGUUUUGUUGGCUGGUGCUAUCUCGAUCUCUUCCCUCGCGAGUCCAAAUACUCUCAUGCAGCGGUUUGGGGUCUCCUCUCCGGCUACAAACGUGAGGAUGGCUCGCGGAGCUACCCACUCACGGCCAUGGUUGCGAAUCUCGCAAAGCCGACUCCGAGUAAGCCCGCGCUCAUGCGCCACGACGACGUCACUACGUUCUUCCACGAGAUGGGCCACGUCUUCCAUGGCCUUCUGAGUAAGACGCGCUUCGCCCGCUUCCAUGGCACUUCCGUCGCGCGCGACUUCGUCGAGGCGCCGUCGCAGAUGCUCGAAAAUUGGUGUUGGGAGCCCAGGGUUCUCGAGCGUAUGUCCAGCCACUUCGACACCAAAAAGCCUCUACCUGCGGACCUGAUUGAGAAGAUUGUCAAGAGUCGAUACGUCAAUGUCGGCUUAUUCUACCUUCGCCAGCUGUUCUUUGCGAACUUCGAUCUCAAAGUACACAUCGACAAGGAGGCCGACGACUACACCGAGCUCUGGAACACAAUGCGAGAGAAAAUUUCGCUUGUCUCCGCUGGCAAGCCCACUCCUGGACAGGGCUCGUUUGGACACAUCGCCGGCGGCUAUGACGCUGGCUACUACGGCUACACCUACUCGCUCGUCUUCGCUGCGGACAUGUACGCAACGGUCUUCAAGGGCGACCCACUCGACCCUGCACGUGGACAGCGCUACCGUGAACAUAUCCUGCGUCCCGGAGGAAGUCAGGACGAUCUUGUGUCCCUUAAGAACUUCCUCGGCCGCGAGCCCAACUCGGAGGCGUUUAUCAAGGAGCUGUUCGGUGACAACAAGUCCAGCCUCUGAAGGAUAUGGCUCGACAAAACUUUACUGUCGGGGUAAGUGUAUUAUAGUCAAUCACAACUCAAUAUCAAACAAAUAUCUCCUCGCGUGGGAGCUCGAAAC